AGCAUUGAAGAUUGAAAGUUGUUUACGAGUGAAGAAUAUUAUUUUACAACUUUGGAUUUGAUCGUUAUUUUGCGGAUUUUGGACAUUUUAUCAUCGGAAUUUCACUUCAAGAUUAUUUAAAUGGCGUUCCUGGAUAUACAAGCUACACAGUGAUUGUAUUUUUACGCAUAAGUAAGGAUUGAUAAAUAACCAUGGAAAUCGUCGAACAAACUUUAUGUGAAUUAGAAGAUUUAUAUCGUCUUAUUGCGAAAACGUACGAGAACUUUAAGAAAUGCCCAAAGGUGCGGCUUACACGUGGCUAUGUGACAGUGAAAUUACAAUCUGUUGAAGAAUAUUGGAAUCAGUUUCGUCUCGCACAUACUACAUUAAUGAAAAGUGUGACAAAAGAACAACGGAAAUUAUUGCCUUACUUUGAACAAAACCAGUACUUUAUUUGUGAAGAACAAGCUAUGCAAGCGAAAUCUGAUAUGAAAGAUUUGUUGUUUACAAUUGAAUCGCAACAAAAAUCAACGAGACAAGAAACACACUAUACAUCUUCAACUACACAAUCCCCAGAAGUGAAAUUACCGCGUAUAGAAAUACCGAAAUUUAGUGGGAAUUAUGAAGCGUGGCCUACGUUUCAAGAUUUAUUUAUUUCACUAGUGGAUCGGAAUAACACAAUUAGCGGCGUGCAGAAAUUACACUAUUUAAAAACGAGCGUUACUGGCGAAGCUGAAUUAUUAUUGCGACAUAUUCAAAUUAAUGAAGCAAAUUACACGCAAGCUUGGGAGACAUUGAAAAGGCGGUAUAGUAACAAACGACUUAUUGUAACAUCUUUAUUAAAACGCAUGUUCUCUCAAAAGAAACUUACUAGCCAGAAUCCCUCCCACAUAAGGUCACUUAUUGAUACAACAUCUGAGUGUCUAAAUAGUCUAAAAAAUAUGAAUAUAAGAACUGAUGAUUGGGAUCCACUUAUCAACUAUCUGGUGGUGCAAAAAUUAGACACAGACACACACAAGGAAUGGGAAGAACAUGUUAGCAACCAAGGAAGUGAAGAAUUACCUACAUUUGAGUCAUUAAAGAUGUUUUUGGAGUCUAAAUUUAGAACGCUCGAGCUUGUGCAACAACCAACUUCGUCCAAAGAAAGAAUAGUGAGAUCUUACCACACAUCUGGCGCUGCUACCGAGAAGACAUGUCCUUUAUGCGAAGAAACUCACACACUCAGUCAUUGUAAAGACUUUGGAAAGAUGGAACCGGAACAACGAAGCGAGUUUGUGAAGUCAAAGUACAUUUGUUACAACUGUUUGGUUCCUGGACACAGAGUUAUAGCAUGUCGACUACUCACCAAGUGCAGAUUAUGUCAGCGACGUCACCACACCCUUCUACAUUCGAAAAGGUCAAACGAUGCCUCUGGCCCCACUGAAAGGAAUGAUACGAAACAGCCAAAGGUUUUACACGCAAAUGUAGAUGAAGAGUCAGAAUCAGGAGAAGAAAUAAACUUAGCAGUGAUGACGUCACAAACAAACACAACUCACAGUACAGCUGUUGCGUUGCUAGCGACAGCCCUGGUGGAAUGCAAGAGUGAAGAUGGCCACACCACAGUUCUGCGAGCUUUAAUUGAUCCUGGAUCACAAGGAUGUUUUAUAAGUGAACGAGCAGCACAAACAAUUAGAGCGAGACGGUAUCCAGUGAAGGGAAGCAUUGUCGGAGUAGGUGAAGUAAAAUCAAGAUUAAAACAAGUAGUUCAGAUAGAGGUCUCAUCGAGAAAUGAAGAAUUCAGCCUCAGAGUGAAAGCAUAUGUAAUUGCAAAGCAACUGACUACUCAGAUACCGACUCAAAAAAUACCAACAAACAACUGGAAUCAUUUAGAUGGGUUAACACUGGCUGACCCUAAGUUUAGUCAACCAGCCAACAUCGACUUACUUCUUGGUGUAAAUGAAUACGCACAAAUCAUACAAAGUGAAGUUAUAAAGGGUCCACCUGGGUCUCCUAUUGCACAAAGAACAACUUUGGGCUGGAUCUUAUUUGGAAAAGUAAAUGAUUGUGAAGAUGUAAGGGAAGAAUCGAUAAUAGUCAUGCAUCAGCAAAUAGAAAUGGAAGAUAUGUUGAAAACACUGUGGGAAGUUGAUACAGAUAUGAAUCGAAAACUAACAAAAGAAGAAGAAAAUUGUGAGAGAAUCUACAAGGAAAAUUACACUAGAACAGAAGAAGGAAGAUACAUAGUCAAACUACCUUUUAAAACAGAAACACCACAAUCAGUAGAAGGAAAUACAUACAAUAUUGCAAUGAAAAGAUUACAAAUGCUUGAAAGAAGAUUUGAUAGACAGCCAGAAUUAGAGAAAAAUUAUAAAGAAGUCAUGGAAGAAUACAUUAGAUUAAAUCACAUGCAGGAAGUACCACAAAACGAACUAAACAAUAAAUCUGUUUACUUACCACACCAUGCAGUCGUGCGAACUGAAAAGGAAACGACAAAAACCCGCGUUGUUUUUGAUGCAUCGUGCAAGGGCUCAAACAAUAUAUCGCUCAAUGAUGAACUGAUGAAUGGACCGGUCCUGCAAGAAGAUCUUAGAAGUAUCAUCAUGAGGUGGAGAAUGCACAAGGUCUGUUUUGUGAGCGAUAUAGAGAAGAUGUACAGAAUGAUUCUCAUUCAAAAAGAAGACGCCGACUUCCAGAGAGUAUUGUGGAGACAGAAUACUUCAAUAUCUGACGAGGUCAAACACUACCGGCUACUUACAGUCACAUUUGGGACAGCAUCAGCGCCCUAUCUCGCUAUAAAAACACUAAUGCAGCUGUCAGAAGACGAGGGUGAAGACCAUCCUAUUGCCAAAAGAAUUAUACGCGAAGACUUCUACGUUGAUGAUGUGAUGUCCGGGUGUGAUACUGUCAAAGAAGCCAUAGAGGCAAGCAAGCAAUUGAAGACUGUACUAAGCAAGGGAAAAUUCAGAUUACAAAAAUGGUGUUCAAACAGUCCUGAAUUUCUAAAAUCUCUUGAUGAAGGAGAAAAGUCAGCCAAAGCACACAUAGAUAUGAAAUUAGAUGGAAUCGUAAAGGCACUUGGCGUAUCAUGGGAUUUGGAAAAUGAUGAAUUUAAAUACAAUCUUAACUUACCUGCACAAUUUAUUGACAUAACAAAGAGAGACUUAUUAUCAGAUUUACAAAAACUAUUCGACCCACUGG